AUGGAGUUUAACGUUUCAACCAGGAACACCCUUGCGUGAGACCUCCCGCUCAUUUCACCACGAGCAUUGCCGCCGCUGCUUUUUUUUUUUUAUGAUCAGGCACCACGGCAGGCGCGCCUCAAUGGCCGAGUGAGAGGACCUGAAAAACCAGAUGCCUGCUCUCGCGCACCAAGUGAGAAACCUUCCCCUAAGCCCCACUUACACAGAGAGAGCGAGAGAGUUCAUGUUUAAGAUGCAAACUUCAACCGCGUCGCCUGAAAGCAACACGUCGUCACCUUCCAGCGUCACCAAAUCCAAAGAGCAAAUCCUCAUCCAGAGUUCUGGUGCUAUGAUCGCCGUCAUCGUCAUCGGUAUCAUUGUCAUUCUCACCAUUCUUCUCCUCAUCCUGAAGACCUACAACAAGCGGACCCACGCAUCCCGACUCCUGGGAUCCGUCGGGGGCUCCAAACCUCAUAAGAAAACGUCCCGGUCUACGGUUCCGAUCGUGCCCAUGGCCACCAUCGAAGUCAGCUCCGUGUCAGGCGGCGUCUCCUAUUCGAACCCCGGCACAUCAGAAGGGGCAAGAGCGGAACGGAGCUCUAUAGAGCGCCUACAAGAUUUCAGCACAGCCAGCGGAUCCACGGCGGUUACCAUCCACGAUACGUUGGCAAACAUGUAGCAUCCGCCAAAAAGACUGGCUGACGCGCCUGCCUUUAUAGACUGAAUACUGUAGAAACAUGACCUUGUUGUUAUUGUUAAUCUCAGACAAAAUGUGAACAAAAAGACACUACAGAAGGGCUUCAGGAAGGAUGUGAACUGAGGCAGCUUUUUGUCAAAAAAGUCAGUGUUUGCACUACCAAUCCUUGGUUGGUUUUAACUGUCUACAUUUCUUUGUUUAAGCUUCUCCAUUAGUAGAGUUAGCAUCACAUUUAAAGAGAUACAACCAGUAUGAAAUAAAAGGAUAACUGGUUGCUCCUGGUUGCCAGUAUGACACAUUAUUAGCACUGUUUUAUACAUUCUACAUUUGUCCCACACUUUAUUACUUGCCUGUGUCUGUUCUUUCCCGAAUUUCUUGUUUAUUUUGUGAAAUAUCCUGAUGCUUCCCAAUUUUGCACUUUUCAUUGUUCUCCAUAUUUGUAGUGUUUGUUAUGUUUAGAUGGCAUUAGAUUAGAUUGGAAUAAAACUAUGUUCUGGCAUGUG